AUGAUAAUAAUUAUAACUUAUGCGGGUUUUGAUAUUCUCGCUGAAAAUGUCAAAAACGAUACAAUUAUAGUUAAACAAGACAAGAAUUUAUCAACGGUUUCUACUCCUUCAACAACUUCACAAAAAGAAGAUGAAAAAUCAAAAGUUUCGGGAGAAUCUUUAAACAUAACUGUACCUGAAAGAUUUCUCAACGACUCGCCCGACGACAUGUCAUUAAAACAUAACGAUUCACAAAUACCAAUAAAUAAUAAUUCCUUUAAAACAUUUGUCUCAACGAGUUCCCCGGUACUCACAACGAUUAAACCCUUACCCACUCAAUCUACUCCCUCAACCGAAAAAGAUCAUCGUUCAGAGAGGUUACCGGGAAAUAUCGGGGGAGUCCUUUCCGCUCUUAAAUCUCCCGAUAUGGGAAAAUGGAUCAUACGAAAUCCAACAACCAAUACAAUUUGCAUAAUAGCACAAAUGGCUAUGCAAUUGAAUGUAACUUACCCAGAUGAUAAUAACAUAUUGAACGCCACCAUGAACGUGCCUAAAGAUGCUAAUGCUACCGGCACCUGUAAGGAAACAUCACAAUCGGUGAACAUCACUUGGGGCCCUGGUCAUUCUUUGCAAAUUAAUUUCGGAGUUAAUAAAACUGCUAAAGAUUUUUUUGUCAGUGGUUUAGAAUUAAAUGUCAAUGCCAGCGUAUUAAGAAAUAAUUCUAAUGCAGACGAUGAUAUAAUACAAUUUAAAAGUGAAGAACAAGAAUUCAACACUCCUUUAGAUAUGUCAUACAAAUGUGAUAAAAUUCAAAAAGUUAAUUUGACGUCUUCCAAUUCUUUACACGGUGCCGUUCUAACGUUGAAAAACACUCAAUUGGAAGCUUACAUGAAUAAAACAAAAGAAGAAUUUGGUGCAGCCGACGAUUGUGAAAUAUUCGAUACGCCAGACAUUGUUCCCAUUGCUGUCGGAUGCGCUUUGGCCAUAUUAGUUUUAAUUGUUUUGGUGGCGUAUCUUAUCGGUCGAAAACGUUCUCAAAAUACAGGUUAUCUCAGCAUGUGA